CAUCAUUGUCAGAUCACCUGUCAGUAGUGAAGAUUUUGGAUCAAGUUCAGUUUUCAAGAUGCGUGCUUUGUUCCUUAUGGUCCUGUAUGCUGGACUGUGCUAUGCCAGCGCUGUCACAGACAAAGACAAUGUAGAGAUUCUGAUGGAUAAUGUUCUGGUCCUGAGGGUGCCUGAUGAUCAGAGCACCAGGGAGUAUGUUCAACUGAGCUGUGGAGAAGCCUAUGAAAACCAGCCUGUGGUUUGGAAGAAAAACGGCGAAGAGCUCGAGCCAGCUCUGCAGGGGAACCAAGUCAAGGUCCUGGUGGAGGAGAUGAAUGGAGGAAACUACACUUGUCACCGCGGUCCAGAUGGGGAAUACCUCAACCACACUGUGAUCCUGGUCCAACUUGACCCAGACAACAGGACUGUCAUACUGGAAGAAAAAGAUGGUCACAUCCACUGCUCUGCACCCAACUAUAAAGGCUCCUUUCACUGCACCUGGAAAAGAACAAGGUCCAGAUCCAACGCCGCUGUGCUCCUGGUGAAGGCAGAACGUAAUUCAGAGAAGAUUUCCUGUGAGCUGGAUGCUGAUGGAUCAGGGAUUCUCUGCCAGGAUGCCAGCUGCCCAUACAGAGAGGAACAACACCAGAUCUCCCUCACCAUCUACAUACACAGUGACUCUCGCCUCGAGGCAUACACAAAGGCUUUCUACCUGAGAGAGAUUGUGAAGCCAGAUGCACUCCCUAACCUGCACAUCAGUAACGGGAAGGUUUUCAGCUGGAGCUACCCUGAUUCCUGGGAGAGGCCCUGCACCUAUUUUGGCCUGCAGUUCCAGGUCAAGGUGGUCCAAAAAGGACUUUCCUGUCACAGUGACGCCCUCAUACUGCUAGCCAUGACUCAGGAAACCAAGUACGAAGUCAACAUCAAAUCCAAUAAGUAUGUUUUCUGUGUGCGAGCUCAGGACAAACACACCAGCGGGCCAUUUAGCCACUGGAGCCACUGCACAGUGGAUAAAAAUAAGGUGGACUGCAAUAAACCGUAAUCAUAAAAGAAGGAAGGACACAAGAAUGCAAGAAAACAUUUUUCAAACUCCCAUCACUUUUAAAGCAAUGCAAAAAAAGUGGCACUGUGCUUUUGGAGUGAAUGUCUACUUGUACAGUAUUUAUUGAUCUCUCAUUUAAGUUCUCUCUAUGAAAUUGCAGUAUAUUGUUAAAACUGUUUGUGAUGUGAUUGAAACAAAUGAGUCAUUCCUUAA